AGAUUUGGGUGUCACCUUGAAGAAGGAUGGUGAUUCUCAGAAAAGGUGAUCACGUAUGGUUGGAAUCCCCUUCAAGCAGUGAAUACAAUGUGCCAAUUGGGGCAGUUGUGAAGAUUUCUGAAUCAGGACAAUUUUUAUUAGAGGAUGAUGAAGGCAAGGAACACUGGAUCACGGCUCGGAACAGCAGUGCUGUGCGACUGAUGCAUCCCACCUCUGUCCAAGGAGUUGAAGACAUGAUAUGCUUGGGAGACCUCAAUGAAGCUGGCAUGGUGCACAACCUCCUUUUUCGCUAUAAGGAGCACAAAAUCUAUACCUAUACUGGCUGUAUCUUAGUAGCAGUGAAUCCGUACCAAGAGUUGCCAUUGUAUACCAUGGAACAAAUCAAACUCUACUGUAACAAAAGAAUUGGAGAAUUGCCUCCUCAUGUCUUUGCCAUUGCUGACAACUGUUAUUUCAACAUGAAGAGAAAUAAGAGAGAUCAGUGCUGUGUUAUCAGUGGAGAAUCUGGAGCGGGGAAGACUGAAAGCACAAAGCUAAUAUUGCAGUUCUUAGCUUCUGUCAGUGGUCAACAUUCUUGGAUUGAGCAACAGAUUCUAGAGGCCAAUCCCAUUUUAGAAGCUUUUGGAAAUGCCAAGACAAUUAGAAAUGACAAUUCAAGCCGCUUUGGGAAGUACCUUGAAAUUCACUUUACUCAAAAUGGGGUGAUUGAAGGAGCCCGGAUAGAACAGUUCCUUCUGGAGAAGUCCCGAGUUUGUCGCCAGGCUCCAGAGGAAAGGAACUAUCACAUUUUUUAUUAUAUGUUAAUGGGGAUGAACCUGGAACAGAAAAAGAAGCUAAAUCUGGCCACUGUUUCUGAGUACACCUACCUCACUAUGGGUGACUGUACUUCUUGUGAAAGCCAUAAUGAUGCCAAGGAAUAUGCUCACAUCUGCUCUGCUAUGAAGAUCCUCAUGUUCUCCGAUUCUGAGCAUUGGGAAAUAAGCAAACUGCUGGCAACUAUUCUGCAUCUGGGAAAUACAGAGUUUGAAGCUGCUGUGUUUGACAAUUUGGACUGUUCUGCUGUAAUAGAUUCCACACACUUUUCCAUUGUAACUAAACUGCUUGAGGUAGAUUCUGGGGAACUCCACAAUAGUCUUACAAACCAUUCCAUCAUUAUCCGAGGGGAAAGUGUCUCCAUGCCGUUAAGUGUUGCCCAGGCUGCUGAUGUGAGAGAUGCCUUUGUGAAGGGGAUAUAUGGGUUCCUCUUCUUGUGGAUAGUGAAUAAGAUCAAUGGCGCAAUCUACAAACCACCCACACAAGAUAGUAAGAACAUCUGCAGGUCUAUUGGACUACUGGACAUCUUUGGCUUUGAAAAUUUUAAUACUAACAGCUUUGAACAACUGUGUAUCAACUUUGCAAAUGAGCAUCUCCAGCAGUUCUUUGUGCAACAUGUCUUCAAACUGGAGCAGGAGGAAUACCUGGCUGAGCACAUCUCCUGGAACCAUAUUGACUUCACUGAUAACUAUACAGCCUUAGAAGUGAUUGCACUCAAACCCAUGAAUAUUGUGUCACUCAUUGAUGAGGAAAGCAGGUUUCCUAAGGGCACUGACACUACCAUGUUAAACAAAAUUAACUCUCAUCAUGGCAGAAGCAAAAUCUAUAUUGCACCAAAAAAUGUCCAUGACACAGUCUUUGGAAUCAAUCACUUUGCUGGUGUCGUUUAUUAUCAGUCUAAAGGCUUUCUUGAGAAAAACCGUGACACGCUUAGUUCUGAUGUAAUGCAGUUGGUUCAUUCAUCCAAAAACAAAUUCCUCAGGCAAAUCUUCCAGGUGGAUGCAGCAAUGAAUGUUGCUUCUUUUGGGCGCGGGAGCAUCAGGCAUCUUGGAGAUGCUCCCACCUUCAAGUCAUUCUCCCGCUAUGGUCUUGUGCAGUCCAGAACGUUACCUCCUGCUUUUGGGCAGGGAGCAGAUACUAUCAAGCGCUUGUCUACAUUAGGAGGUCAGUUCAAACAGUCCCUGGAGCAGCUAAUGAAAAUCCUGAGCACCUGCCAGCCAUAUUUUAUUCGCUGUCUCAAACCCAACGACCACAAGAAGCCAAUGUUGUUUGAUCGAGAACUCUGCAUCCGGCAGUUGCGCUAUUCUGGGAUGAUGGAAACCGUUCGCAUUAGGAAGGCUGGUUAUCCAAUUCGCUACACUUUCGCAGAUUUCUUUGAGAGAUACCGAGUCUUGCAGCCAGUGUCUGCUCGAGGAAAGAUGAAGAAUGAUGCUCAUCAGUGCUGCAUUUACAUAUGUGAGAACGUGAUAGGAAAAAAUGAUGAAUGGAAAAUGGGAAAGACCAAAGUUUUUCUGAAAGACUAUCAUGAUGCAGUACUGGAGGUGCAACGAGACAAAGCACUCACAGAGAAAGCAAUUCUUAUUCAGAAAGUGCUGAGGGGAUUCAAAGACAGGAAACAGUUUCUGAAGCAGAGGCACUGUGCUGUGGUUAUUCAGACAGCCUGGAGGGGCUAUUAUUGUCGGAAGAACUUCAAGAUGAUUAUGCUGGGGUUUGAGCGCCUACAAGCUGUUUUCCGAAGCAGACAGCUUGCAAAGCAAUACGAGACAGCCCGGGCAAGUGUGAUUAAGUUCCAAGCCUUGUGUCGAGGUUACUUGAUGCGUCAGAAAAAAGUUCAACAGCUGAAAGCUGUGUGUGUCAUUCAGGCAUAUGCCAGGGGAAUGUUCGCACGUAGGAGUGUCCAAAUCAUGAAGAGAGAGCAGCAAUGCCUACUUGAAGGCAGAAAGCUUCACUUUGAGGAUGAAAAGCAUCUCCUUCAGAUAACUGGAGCCAGGAAAGCAAAAGAAGAAGCACUUAGAGUAGGAAAGGAGUCCCAAGCCAUUCGGGAACCAGCAAAAGGUGCUAACAAGCAAAAAAAACAGGAUACUGCUGACAGCAAACAUGGCGAACUUUAUGACAUAAUCAAUGACCAGGAAAUGGUGGACAGAGUGUUUGGUUUCUUACCUUCUUUAAUCGGCGGUCAGGAAGGACAAGCUCCCUUGGGCUUUGAGGACCUGGAGACAAAAAUACCCAAGCUGGAUGAGAUUGACCUGGAUAUGAUCCCAAUGACCAUGGAGCUGGAGGAAGAGGAGGCUGAUGACUUAGCACAGUACACAUUCCCCAAAUUUGCGGCCACAUACUUCCAGGGAUACUCUACACACACACACAUUCGGCGGUCACUGCGCCAGCCACUGCUGUACCAUGAUGAGAAGGAUGAUGUUCUGGCAUCUCUAGCUAUUUGGACUGUCAUCUUGCAAUUCAUGGGUGACUUACCAGAACCAACAAAGAACAUCGGCAGUAAGAGCAGUUUUGAGGUGACUCAAAUCUAUGAUAACCACAGCAACAAAAGGCAACUUCCACCCGCAACCAACACCAGUCCUGAUCUGAGAGACAACAAGAAGGAUAACAGAUUCUCCAAGGUAGUUUCCUCUGUGAAGCUAAAACCCAGCUCCAAGGUCACUGGGAAGGGGGCAAACCAGCUGGCCAGUGGAAAAGAAAUUCUUUGGGAAGAGAGCACUGUGUCUGAGAGACCUAUGUCUAACCUCGAAAAAGUGCACUUCAUUAUUAACAAUGCUAUCCUGCGUCCUGCCAUCAGAGAUGAGAUUUACUGCCAGAUCUGCAAGCAGCUUACUGAAAACAACAAUAAUACCAGUUAUCUGAGAGGCUGGAUACUGUUAUCUCUCUGUCUUGGUUCUUUCCCUCCUUCAGAAAAGUUUGUGAAGUACCUUUUGAAUUUCAUCCGAAGUGGACCACCAUUGUACGCAGCAUACUGUGCUGAAAAGUUGAGGCGUACUUAUGUCAAUGGAGCACGGACUGAGCCACCUAGUUGGCUGGAGCUUCAGGCAACAAAGAGUAAGAUGCCCACCAUGCUCAGCGUGACCCUGAUGAAUGGAAACAGCAUCACAGUCCCUGCAGAUUCAGCCUCCACUGCAAAGGAGAUCUGCCAGAUGAUCGCUGAUAAAAUGAUGCUGAAGGACAUUUUUGGGUUCUCCAUCUACAUUGCUUUGUAUGACAAGGUUUGGUCACUAGGUAGUGGAUGCGACCACAUCAUGGAUGCCAUUUCUCAGUGUGAACAACAGGAAAAGGAGAAGGGCGGCCAUGAGCGCCAUACUCCCUGGCGUCUCUAUUUUAGGAAAGAGGUUUUCUCUCCUUGGCACAACUCUAAAGAAGAUCCAGUCAGCACCGAGCUCAUCUAUCAUCAAAUCAUACGUGGGAUCCGAUUUGGAGAAUACCGUUGUGAGAAGGAGGAAGACUUGGUGGAGAUAGGAGCCAAAUAUUGUUAUGUCAAGUUUGGAGAGUCCAUCCAGAAUGACUUGGUUCGGAACAUACUCCAGGAGUGCAUCCCAGCAAAGCUACUGAGGUCCAAAUCCCUGGAGAAGUGGGUGAGCCUCAUAACAUAUGCUCAUGCCAAGGCUCCAUAUACCCAGGACAGGCAUUCACUUCAGAAUGUGAAGGAACAGUUGGUGGAUUUUGCCCGCUUUCAAUGGCCCCUACUCUUUUCUAGGUUCUUUGAAGUGACCAAAUUUUCAGGGCCCAGCCUGCCAAAGAACCAUUUCAUUGUGGCAAUUAACUGGAAAGGUAUUUGCUUUCUAGAUGAUUCAGAAAAGAGGCUUCUAGACCUUUCUUUUCCAGAAAUUACUGGCAUUCAAACCAGCAGGGCAGUCAAGACAUUUGGGCAAAGUUGCACCCUUACCACACUGCGUUCUGAAGAAUUUGUCUUGACAUCAGUCAACAGUGUUGUUAUUGCAGAACUAGUGGUCAUGUUUCUGGAAGGACUAAGGAAGAGAUCACAAUAUGCUAUAGCAAUACAGGAAAACAGGCAGCAAGAUGAUUUAACAAUCCUGGCUUAUAAGAAGGGGGACUUGCUUAUUUUAAACCAAGAGAGAGAACUAGAAGAAAGUCAAGGCUGGGUCCAUGCUCAGAAUGAGCGAACAAACAAAUCUGGCCUUGUCUUAGAAGAAUCUAUUUAUAUCAUCCCUUCUGUUACAAAACCUUCUACUCAAAUACUGAGUUUAUUGAUGAUGUCACCUGAACAACGGCGGUUGGCAUCAUUAAACUCUCGUGCAGCGGAGCCUGGGGAAGAGGAACUGAAGGUGAAACCGUAUACUCUUGAAGAAUUCUCUUAUGAGCACUUCAGGGUUCCUGAGAAGGAGUCCAUCAGCAGGGCUGUCAUACACAAGUCCCGUGGACGAAGUCCUCUGUGGGCUCACUCUCGGGAGCCCCUGAAACAGCCCUUACUGAAAAAGGUGUGCUCCAAUCCAGACCUUUGGGACUCUGCUUGUCAGACAUUCAUUGCUAUCAUGAAAUACAUGGGAGAUUACCCUUCAAAACAAGAGAGAUCCCUUGCAGAGCUCACUGACCAGAUAUUUGUAGUGGCUAUUCAAGAGGAAAUUCUCCAUGAUGAGAUCUACUGUCAGAUCAUGAAGCAGCUCACAGAGAAUAGCAACAGGUACAGUGUGAACAAUGGCUGGCAGUUACUUUGGCUCUGCACAGGCCUUUUUCCUCCUAGUAAAUCUCUGCUGAAACAUGCUCAGAAGUUCAUGGAGACUCGUCAGAAGGAGAACUUGGCUUUAGAUUGCAGACAUAGAAUCCAGAGGGUGAUGAGGAGUGGUUCUCGAAAAUGGCCCCCCCACAGUGUGGAAGUGGAGGCGAUCCAGAAGAACAUCACAAAGAUCUCCCAUCAUGUUUACUUUCCAAAUGAUACAGAGCAGGUAUUUGAAGUAGGGACACACACAAAAGUGCGGACUCUGUGUCAGUCUAUUGCCUCCAAGCUGGAACUGAGUUCCUGGGAAGGAUUCAGCCUCUUUGUCAAGACCGCAGACAAGGUGAUCAGUCAAAAUGAAGCUGAUUAUUUCUUUGACUCCUUGAGACAAGUGACAGACUGGAUGCGGAAGAGCAAGCCUGGCAAAGAGGUGGUUCCUGUGACUGUGAAUUACCAGGUAUAUUUCAUGAGAAAAUUAUGGCUAAAUGUGACUCCUGGGAAAGACUUGAAGGCUGACUGCAUCUUUCAUUAUCACCAGGAACUGCCCAAGUAUCUAAGAGGCUAUCAUAAGUGUUCAAAAGAGGAUGCCAUCCAACUAGGUAGUCUGAUCUUCAAAGUUUACUUUAAUAAUUGUCAAAUGCAGCAGGCAGCAAUCUCCAAAAUGCUGAAGGAACUUGUGCCUGAGAACAUGAUCCGAAUUACAUCUCCAGAGGAGUGGAGAAGGAGCAUUAUUUCUGCCUGCAGUAAACAUGAACAGAAAACUGAGGAAGAGGCCAAGACUGCCUUCUUGAAGUACAUCAGUCGUUGGCCAACAUUUGGCUCAGCCUUCUUUGAAGUGAAGCAAACCUCAGAACCAAGCUUUCCAGACAUUGUUUUGAUUGCUGUCAACAAACAAGGAGUAUCCUUGAUACAUCCAAAGACUAAGGAGAUCUUGACAGUUUACCCCUUCAAUAAAAUCUCCAACUGGAGCAGUGGCAGCACGUAUUUCCAUAUGACCAUAGGGAACCUGGUACGAGGCAGUCGGCUUCUUUGUGAGACAUCACUGGGAUACAAAAUGGAUGACUUGUUGACAUCGUAUGUGCACCUGUUAAUGAAUGCUGUAAACAAACAGAAAAAUCACAGUGUUCCUGCCUGAGAAUUACAAUGACAACAUUCCUUCUUUCACAACUUUGCCAAAUUACCAAUCAUAGCCUAAAAGAAAGAAAUUGUAAAGUUUGCAUCUGUCAGUUCUAAUGGCAUCUUAUGCUGCUGAAGCAUCACAGCCAUACUUGUGUUGUUACUGCAACUUGUGUUGACUGCACAGUUUUAAAACUCUUGGUUGGAUGUACUUACUCAGGGAUUUAAACAUGGCUGACUUUUAUUUCAAAGUAAUCUUUCAGGAGGUUCAGUAAUAGUAUUUUCAUUUCCCUGUACUAUAACUUAUAUUGGUUUAUCUGUCAAUUACAGAAUGUAACUUCUUAUCUGCUCCUGUAUUUUAUCCUCAGAAAAACUCUGUGAGGUAGGCUGAAACAGAGGCUGAUUAUACAUUGAUGCUCUGCCCCUUGCUGAAGGAAGAUUCUUUUGGAGGAAGAGCCCCCACCCUCAAACUCCUCCCUCACUCUCACACUCACUGUGCAGCAGAUGUCUCCACUGUUCAUGAGAGCGUGCAAAGAGCAACCUUUUCCCUGCUUCACAGGGAAGAUUUUUUAAAAGCCCUGCAUUAUUCCUUGCUUCAGGAUCCACUCUGCCUCCCCCACUCUACUUAUGCCCUCCCCAAUGCUCAGGAGGGCUUUGUAAAAUGUUAUUUCAACUUCAAGCAUUUUUACCAUAUUAGACCUAUAAAUCUAAUGCAGGAAUAUUGAAUAAAAUACCAAGCCUCUCUCUCCUGCGGCAGCAGCAGCAGGAUGUAUGUGUGUGUGGACAAGGGGUAGGAGUGGUGGAGAGAACAUCAACUUGGCCAUUCUAGUCUGCCACUUGAACCAAUACCACACUGGCUUGCUAGCCUUAUGAUGGCCCUCCUGUUUGUGCAGCUAAGAAGUGCGUCUUGCUGUAUGUUACCAGCAUUUCCCUGUAGUGAGGGUCCAGACUGCUCUGUGAGAGUUGCCUUUGCUUAAUCCUAUGAAUAUGUUUCUUCAUCUAAUUGUGUCUAGUUGUCUACCAGCUUGCUCUUUCCAUCUUGAACCAACCAGCAUGACUCAAGUUUGUCUGCUGCGAUUCACACAUAUAUAAUGUGUGUAUAUCUUCUCUUGAAAAAAGCACUUUGAAGUGUGAUAGUCUUUUAGAUUUAUCCAGUCUUCAGAGGCAGAACAAUAGCAGUUGCUUUUUAAAAAUAGCCUUUGACCUUUCCCCUGCUUGUUUUGUGUCAGAUAAUUUCAGCAGUACAACUAUGAAAUCUACUCAGCAUAUGGUUUUUAUCUUUCCUGUCACAACCUUUUUAGUUAACAAGAUUAUUCUUAUACUAAAAUUAUUGCUAUAAAUCAAAGAACUGGAAGGCCAUUCUUCACUGUAGAAAGACCAUAUUUAUUCUUCCCCAAUCAGAUACUCCCAAAUUCUGUCAUGCACUUACACCAAGUCCCUUGGGGGGCAUUUCAGCAGCUGUAGAAAACCAACUUAAUUGCCUUCCCCUGUCAUUUGCUGAAGUAGAUAUCUGCUGUCCCUAGAAGAGGGUGUGCAGUUUUUGCAAACGUGCUUUUUUGUGCAUGUUUGAUGGGAGAUUAGAGCCGUGAGUAUCUCGGUGCAGCUGUACAAGUGCCACAGUUUUCAAAAUCCUUGACUUCUUGCAAGCAAGCAGGGAACUAUUCCACAUUUAACCGUCACUGGCUGGCAAUGGAUUAUUUCGAUCCAGGUGACUAUGAUUGUAGUAUAUUCCCGAAUUCUUAAAUUCAGUUUGCUGUCUUAAAGGUAUGAAUGAUACAAAAAUUAUUUCAACUUUUUAAUAAAAAAAGUAGAAUGGCAA